CGCCUCUUGAUAACGACCUGCCCUGAGACCUGUCCGCUGACUCGAACUGACAAUGACUCUUUCCUUUUUCUCUUGCACCUGUACUUUUAAGUUCCUGUUGCCAACCUUUGGCUAUUUCUCCAGUGCGCGCAAGAAGUGAUCAAGACCCCAACAUCGACUGCAAUCAGCGGGUUAGACUCAGUCCGUUUCGGUAUUCGAGCAGGAAUCGACCCUGCUUGGGGAACAAUCAACCUCUGGUUAUCCGUUCAACUUUCCACUCUUGUUGUUGGCGACAUGGAAGCCCUCUCCAAAGCGCCCGAUGUGGGCGAGGCACUCUCGGGAGUGUUUGGAAGUGUCAGCUUGACGGCCUGGAUAUGUCUUUUGCUGCCACAACUGAUUACAAACUACAAGGCCAAGAGCGCUGACGGCCUAUCCAUGAACUUCCUGAUCAUAUGGCUUCUGGGCGACAUAGCGAAUCUGCUUGGCGCACUCUGGACAAGUUUGGCACCAACCGCUGUAGCACUUGCCUUGUAUUUUUGUUUCGCCGACCUGGUCCUCAUUGGCCAAUGCAGCUACUACAACGCCGUUAACGCCCGCCGCCGCAGCCGCAUCGAAAGACAUGCCCGAAGUGCACGACAUUCCUCUGCCGAGACACAAGAAACCGACACAACGGCUGUAGAGGACCCUUCUGAGCACGACCCGUUGUUGGAUCAUGAGCACCCGCGUCGGUCGCGCAGCGAUUCUACGGGAUUGCCCGGCUCUCACCGUCGGCACUCGAUGCGCCACAGGGAGAGCACUCUCGAUCCAUUGACCAGAAUCGUCACAGGUGAAGACGAAACUCCUGACAGCAAUCCUUGGCUGCACAACACCCUGAGCUUGGUAGCUGUUUGGGUCGUCGGCGCUGCAGGCUGGUUCAUCAGCUACAAGAUGGGUGCGUGGGACGUUGAGGAUGGGUUACCCGAUGGUGGAGACAACACGAUUUCCCAAGAGCCACAGGCCGUCAUUGGCAUGAUCCUGGGCUAUUUCAGCGCCGUCUGUUACUUGUGCGCUCGAAUCCCUCAGAUCAUCAAGAAUUACCGUGAGAAGUCUUGCGAAGGUCUUGCCCUGUUGUUUUUCCUGCUCUCGCUCACGGGCAACCUCACAUAUGGAGCAAGCGUUAUCGCCUACUCUCAGGAAAGAGACUAUAUUGUCAGAGCCCUCCCUUGGCUCCUGGGCUCGCUCGGUACUAUGCUGGAAGACUUGAUCAUCUUUGCCCAGUUCAGACUCUACUCGCCGCAACGUGAGCCAAAGACGCAUCAUACCGCCUGAAGAGCUGGCUCUUCGCUUACACGAAGCAAACGACACGCAUUUGCUGGGAGAAACGGCCUGUUUAGAGGAUAGGAAUCAGCGUUCAUGAGUUCAAUGAAAAUAUCUGUCAACGGUAUGUGAUGGAUACUUUUUGGUUACUUGGGUUUUGUCAUCUGCUUUUUUUCUUCUCCAUUUUUUGUCAUUUUCUUUUGUCGAGUGCAUUUUGCCUCAUAUUGAUCGGGAUGGCAUGUUAAAUUUCAAGAACGGUUAGGGCAAGGCGUAAGAAUGAUGGAGACAAUGUUUUUUUCACGCAUUUUCUCCGAGCUUUACACAUCCCCGCUGCAUUCUUUCAUUUUCAGUGCUAUCUUCUCAAUAGCACUCUUAGUUUGAGGCCUUUUGAGUUUCGGACUGUCGUACACAUCCUUUUCUCCUUUUCUGACAGGUAUAAGUUUGGGUUGGUGCUUCUUUCCGGUUCAUUUAUGGUGAAGUUCGCUGCUGAGCUGCUUCCUGUGACUUUUCUCCCGAGUUACCUUCCCCUUGCAGCGAACCGCUCCCGGUAUUCAGGGACGAUCGUACGGAUGCUAAGUUCCGGUCGAAUUCCCACGCGGGUUGGCUUCCUCCGGCAGUGGCACUUUGAGUCCGGCCAUUAUAUCAUACAGGUGGCACCUACUGUAUCGAUCUCUGGGAUGCGACGAUUAAUGGGCCCUUUUCCCCUCUUGACCUCUACAAAAAGUUCUUCAGCUCGUUUGCUCCUGCUGUUCAGUAGUGGCUAGAACAUUGUGCGGCCAUGCGAUUUGUGAGACUCGACGAAAGAAAAUACCGGCCGGAUCAUGACAUCCUAUUUUAGGACGAUCAAAGUCGGACCUAAGCGAAUGUCCCUUCUCAUGAGAGUCCCAUUACAUAUCGGUCAAUUUCUGAGCAGUCACGGCCCUCAAUGCACAGUCAAGCCACCUUCUGGCAUAUGGCAAAGGUUUUAUGUUGCUCUUUGGCACGCUCGGAAUACAUGACGGAACCCGUGUCUCUUCCUCUUGAACCCAAGCUCCCGGGAUUUAAUUCAACGAACGCCUGUCCUGAUCAAACUCGCAACUCGUUAAACUUCUUAUCCCUCGUAUGCAACAUCUGAUAUUACGCCGCAGCCAUUCUUCAAGUUUAGACCAAGAAAUUCAUCAUCGCCACGAUGCCGCCCACCGAGGACAUACAAUACGCACCGCCUGG